CAAGGAAGUGGUAUGGCUGAGGCGUUUGUUGGAGGAGUUGGGAGUUGGUCAGGAGGAGCCGACAGUUGUGUUCUGUGACAAUGAGUCUACAGUGAAGCUGGCCAAGAAUGCUUGUCUGCAUGGGCUGACAAAACACAUAAGGCCUAAGUGGCAUUGGGUGAGGAGACUCCUUGAUAAGGAGGUGCGGCUGGAGAUAGUGAAGACCCAUCAGCAGGCAGCAGAUAUUUUCACUAAGCGUCUGGCGGAGGCGGAUCAUUGGAAGGGCAUGAAGCUUGCUGGGAUGAGUGUGCAUUGAGUAUGCAUGCUUGAGAUGUGGUAUGGUCGAUGAUGGUUGGCAGCCAGAGGGGGAGAUUGUUGUGUGAUGUCAUCAUAUGCUAUCACAUUCUGUCUGCCUCCCAUCCCAUGUUUUUUCAACUUGCAUGUGUGGUUUGAAUGUGCAAGCAUUUGUGUGUGGUGUGUUCUGGAGUUUGGGAAUGUGUUCUGUGUUAUUUUUGUUUGAGCAGGUAUUUGUGAUAAUAGAUCUUGAGAAGAUCUUUCCGACGCAACAAGAAUCGCUUCAAUCGGAGCAAGAACGCGAAAGCUAUGAAGAUUCAAAGUUCAUGAGCUUGCGUUACAAUUGCGGCGGUUACUAAGUGAAGUUGUGGGGUGACUUUAUAUGGAGUUGGGACCUUUGGGGUUGGGGAAACUUGUCACUCUACUGUAACAGCUGCAAAUAGGUUGGGAACAACCAAGCUAGGUUGGCAAGGGUGGCCAACUUGGAUGGAUUGGUUGGGAAGGGACAAAGGUCAAAGUUGAGGUUCCUAUAGGGAGGGAAUCUUUGUGCUUAUGGGGUUUCCUUGGUUGGGGACUCUCUUGGGACCUUCCCUCUCGUCCCUCUCUUCCCAUCCCAACCUUUCUCUUGCUCCUUCUAAUUUCCUUGUGAGAUUCUUGAAUUUUGAUUGAACUCUUGAGAUUGAGUUAAGUUCUCCUCCUACAGCUUACCCCCUAGUGCGUCGAAAGCCAUAGCGUCGCGAAUACUUCAUCAAUCAACAUGAUUCAAAUUGGGAACGGUAGCUGAGAUUAAGAGCUACAACAUAUCCAAGUUUCGCGACAUUCCAACGGCUAGUUUUUCGUCGACGUCGUUUCUUGUGAAGACGACUUUUCUGUCCAGAAUUUCGGAUUUAUAUUUUGAGUAAUUCUAGCUCCUAAGUUCACCUAGACUCCGUCCUUAAUCCUAACAGAAAUGACUUGGAGAACAUGAGUAUGUAGCCCUGGAGUGGCCUUCUUUCUCAUCAAACCUCAACCUUUGGGCUUACUUAAAAAGGGAGCAGACCAAGCAUAAAAGACCUUCCUCUGGAAUGCUGGAGCUUUAUGACCUGGUUCAAGAAGAAUGGGUGAAGAUCCAUGCAGAGGUUUGCUCUGGCCUCAUCGACAGCAUGGUUAGGAGGGUGUGGACACAAAUAAAGGCCAAAGGUCGGUGGGCUAGGAACUAGAAACACACUUUUGAAGUUUGCCCUCUCUGCUUGGAACUAUUUGUCCGGAUGUACCAUUUGUAAAAAUUUUGGGAUAUGAGUUAGAUACAAUAUACUAUUCCGGAUAUU